AUGUUAGAACAUGAUUAUGAUUUUUUGUUUUUAGCCGAGCAUUGGUAUACCAAUCAUAGUAGUAGAAUGUCCAAUCCAGCGGUGAUUGGAACAACAAUUUUACCUAUAUCGACAAUCUCAGAAAAGAAGAAAGGGAGGUUUAGCGGUGGUAUAUAUUUGUUAGCUUCACAAUGGUGGCGAAACAAGGUUCUAAAGGUGGAAGGUACGCAGCAUACUUUGAUAGCAUGGUUAGAAGGUGUAACAUUUGCUGGAGUUUACUUUCCUCCCACGACAAUGAACGCUUCAGACGUUCAAAUCCAACUAGCAGCGUUACCUGUAAUUGAUAUAUUACUAGGCGAUAUCAAUAUUCGAUUUGGGGAUCAGAAAAAAGUUGGACCAUUGGAUAAAUUGAAGGUUAUACAGGACUGGGAAUCAGUGGCGGGAUUGUCUAGAAUGAGACCGGAUGGCAAAGCGCUGGAACUUGGCACAGAUCAUGCAUUCAUUAAAAACCGAUUAUACAAUCAAAACCCACAACUGUCGCUUGAAUCUACAGCAAUAGCUGGUAUUCAUACCGAUCACAAGUAUAUUCUUAAAUUAUGUCUCAAGAAUUAUUCCGGUUCUGCAUUCAAGUCUGAGCACAAUUACCAUCAUAUUUAUCGCUAUCGAGUAAACAAGCUUAUGAAGAAAACACCGUCAUAUUCAAACAUCAAUAUCACUUCUACAGAUUGUCGUUUACUUCCUUCGAAACAGAAGGAGUUCUCUGAUUGUUACAAAAUGAUUGACGACCUUGUUCGUCUAGAGAAAGAUUCUGCCACAGAUAGCAAAGAUAUAGAUUUAUUGGAUGUUAUUUUGAUGACCAAGGUCCAAACUGCAUCUGAAGUAGUAUUGGGAACUAUUUCACCUUAUCAGGAAAGACUCUGUCCAGAUAAAUAUGUUAAGCAUUUGGUCGGUUCCAACGAUUGUGGUUCAACAGUUAGUCUCUUUAAACGAUUACAACGAUGUUCAUCGAAAUCGAGAAUAAUGAGUUCGGACAACAAUUCAGUUACAGUAAUGCAUGACCUGGAAAACAAAUAUUCAAAGGUUUAUGACAGCCAAAGUAUAACCCGGAAUACCUAUAUCAGACAUUUCCCAUCCGUCAACGAUAGAUUAUAUCAAGACUAUUUAUUGCGAUUGGUGACCGUUGAUAAAAUUAAGGAAUUUGUUGCAAAGUUUUCAACAACGAAAGCAUGCGGGGAGGAUGGAAUUCAUAUUUUACAGAUUAAGAAUUUGAUUGAAACCGAAUUCAUUACAGAUUUAUCAUUUCUCUAUCAAAUGUGUAUAGAAACGUUUUCAACUCCUGAACGCUGGAAUAGUUCGAUCCUAUAUCCAUUACAAAAAAACUCCACGAAGCCUUAUACACCAUCAAAUACAAGACCUAUUUCUAUUCUUGUAAUGUUUAGACGGAUAUUUGAGAGUCUAAUUUUACCAAUAUUCGAAGAUUCGAUAUGGGAUUUCAAUCAAAUGAAUCCUUGUCAGGGUGGUUUUCGGUCUGGUUAUUCAACUCAAACUCAUGCUUUAAUCCUCAACCAUAGCCUUGCUUCAGGAAAACGACCUCUGACGGUCUUUUUGGAUUUUGAAGCUGCAUUUGAUAAAGUUAGUAAAGAAUUGUUGGUGUAA